AUGGUCUACAUCAAGAAUCAGUAUAUUCGUUAUAUACGAAAAAAGCCUUUAUCAUUGAUAGCACCGAUUUCCGUGUUAUUGCUCGUGUAUUUCUACUUCUUUGCGGCACAUGGCUCUUCCUCCUCAUCUUCUGGCAACAAAUACAGCUACAAGAAGAAAUCCCGAGGUUUGUUUGCAAAGAACAGAGACCUGGUGAUUCUUAAAAACUUGCCUAAGAAUCACAUCAGCCACUACGACUUGAACAAGUUGUCCACUUCUGCCGAUUCGCUUGCAAAGAAGGAGGAGGUGUUGAUUUUGACGCCCAUGUCACGUUUCACGCCACAGUACUGGGAUAACAUCCAGAAGUUGACGUAUGAACACAGCUUGAUUCUGUUGGGAUUCAUUUUGCCUCGUAACAAAGACGGUGAUGUAGCACUUAAGCAUUUGGAAGAAGCAAUCAAAGACGCCAAAGCGGCCAACCAGUUGAAAUACAAGAAGAUCACCAUAUUGAGACAAGACACGAACUCUCUUAACUCGCAGUUGGAGAAGGACAGACAUGCACUCAAUGUGCAGAAAGAAAGAAGACUGAUGAUGGCUCUUGCCAGAAAUUCGUUACUUUUCACGACUAUUGCGCCAACUACGUCUUGGAUUUUAUGGCUAGAUGCCGACAUCGUAGAAACUCCUGCUGGAUUGAUUCAGGAUUUGACGUCACACAAUAAACCAGUUAUUCUGGCCAACGUGUACCAGAGAUACGAAGACGAAUCGACACAACAACCAUCCAUCAGACCGUAUGACUUCAACAACUGGGUAGAAUCAGAAGAAGGCUUGAAAAUCGCUGCAGGUUUGGCAGACGACGAGAUUGUAGUUGAAGGUUACGCUGAGAUGGCUACCUACAGACCGCUCAUGGCUCAUUUCUAUGACGCCAAAGGUGACGUCCAUACCGAAAUGCAAUUGGAUGGUGUUGGAGGAGGUGCUGUCAUGGUCAAGGCUGAUGUCCACAGAGAUGGAGCCAUGUUCCCUUCGUUUCCAUUCUACCAUUUGAUAGAAACAGAGGGUUUUGCCAAGAUGGCUAAACGCUUGGGCUACGAGGUGUUUGGUUUGCCCAACUACUUGGUAUACCACUUCAACGAGUGA